AAAUUAAUAAAAUAAAAAACAUAUUUCUAAAAUAAUUCUGAAAUUCACCGAAAAUAAAGAUAAAUCAUCAUUAAAAAUAUUUACUAGAUUACAAAUAUGUUUGCAUAAUCAAUCUACACUAUCAAAUCUUGAUUCUCCCAUGUGAUAGUUUAAUUUUUUCAAAAAUCAUAAGAAAAUAGAAUUUUAGGGAGAAUAUAAAGUGUGAAAGGGACCAAAUAAUAUUGUGGUGAGGGCUAAUAGACUAAAUGAAAAACGAGGAGAUAAACAGAGAACUGGUUAAAAUAGAAGAAUCGGAAUCUGAGGUUAGGUAUAAGAUAGAGAAGUGUUUAUUGUGUGUGAAAUAAUGUAAUAUAAUUAACAAAAUCAAAUUGAAAGAUGAUUAAAACUUCUGCAUUUUAUGAUUUAUGUAUACAGCAAUCAUUUUUCUCUCAAGACAAUUUAGAAAAAUCCAUAAAAUCCCUUUAUCAAUUGGGAUACCGCACUAUUGCCGUAAAUCAGACUAUUGAAGAUAUAAAUAUUGAGCAAUCUAAGAAGAAAAAGAAAAAAGGCGGAUCUAAGGAAAACCAAGAUAUUGUUCCUGUACCUUACAAUUUGAGUGCCAUACAAGAUGUGAUUAAGAAACUAGAUAUUGACAAUUUUCAUGUUUUUAAUCGAUUAACAGUGAUAUUCGCGAAUCAAGAUGGUCUUCAUAAAAUUACAAAGUCAUCAAAUUUCAAAAAGUACCACAUCUUUGCAGUUUCACCUACUACUAAUCAGGCACUUCUGUAUACUUGCAGCACUCUUGAAGCGGACAUCUUUGCGUAUAAUCCUGAAAUCAAAUUUGAUCUACGUUUGAACAGAAAAUUGUACACUCAGUUAAUGGAAAGGAGUUAUUACUUUGAAUUAUUAUAUAGUCCAGCUAUUGAAGAUAGCUCACAGCGGAAACAUUUAAUACAUGCUUCCCAUCUUUAUCAUUCAUAUGGAAAAUCGAAAAACAUAAUUUUUUCAAGUGGAGCUAAUCGACCUGCGCUGAUAAGAAACCCAUAUGAUGUUAUUAAUAUGGGCUUUUUAUUUGGUUUAAGUGAGUUACAAUGCAAAACGGCAGUUUCCCAUUGUCCUAGUAAAGUAAUUUUAAAUUCUGUGGGCAGAAGACUUGGUAAAUCUGUAAUGUUUGUAGAACAUGUAACUAGUACAAUGGAAGUGGUUGAAAUUAGCAGUAACGAUGAUGAAGAAGAAGAAAUAGAUACUGAGGAACCGAAACAGAAAAAAACUAAAACUUGAAACAAAAAUUACAUUAUAUAGUUUUUGGAUUUUUUGUAUUAUUAGGUAUCAAAUGUAUGUUUAAUAAAAAAUGUUUUGAAAACUGA